AUGGUUGUGUUUCGUUUGCUAAAGGCCUUUGCUGUCUAUAUACCCCUAAUUUUUGUCAUCUCAACCAAUUCAAAUUGUGCUGAAGAUGCUAAUGAUGCUCAAGACAAUCCAGUGAUUAGUUUGAUUGAUAGAUCAAAACGGGCGGCAGCUCAUUUUACGGGCUGUAGCAUAGACAUGUUAUUAAAGCAUUGCAAUAAGGAUACUUCUGUGAAUUUUGAGUGUUUUAGGUCGUUAGGUGAGUGUUUUGCGAGCAGUGCUAGAGUUGCCCUUCUUGAUGAUGGAGAUUAUGAGGAAGAGGAGGAAGAAGAACAACAACAAGACCAAGAAGAACUCUAA